CACUAGAAAAAAAUCAUUCAUUCAUUUCCCUAGUAUUUCUCUCAUUCCUACAGUAUGCCCAGUCUGUACUGGAUUUUUAAUAAGACUGGAAGAACCCUAACAAUGUAGUUUUAGAAGCAUCAGAUCAAAGCAUGUGUUAAAAAAGCUGUUAAAGCCAUAAGGCUGGAUGAGAUGGUCCAGGGAGCGGGAGUGAAAGAGGAGAAUUCUCUGGAGUGGGCCUUAGGACAGACAAUGAGAAGACUCGGAAACAUGUAUUAGCUUCGUGUACCCCAGGCCUCCUUCCACAGUCCUGUCGAAACUCACCCAUCAUCCUCCCGGUACGUUGUUAGAGAUGAUCAUUGGCUGAGCCAGAAUGUGUGUGUAAUGUUUUAGAACAUGGUGACCUUCGAGGAAGUGGCAGUAGAGUUCUCCCAGGAGGAGUGGGCAUUGCUGAACCCUGCUCAGAAAAAUCUGUACAGAGAUGUAAUGCUGGAGACCUUUAGAAACCUAGCUUCAGUGGGUAAGGAUUGCCUCAUUCUUUUAUUUACUGUUUAUGCAUCAAGAUCUGUGAAAAGAAUGGCAUUUAUAGUGGUAAACACAAAAUGGCUGGAGGAGAGAGGAAUUCUCCAAGGUACCUCUGCAGACUGGGAAACUCAACUUAAAUCAAAAGAUGUAAUUGCUAUGCAGAAUGUUCCUGGGAAAAAGACAUCUAAUGGGAUAAAAAUGGCACCAACUCAACCUAUCAAGAAGCCCUUGGACUGUAAUCAUUGUAUAAAAUUCAUCAGAAAGAACUUUCACUUUAUUUGUAAAACAUAUUGUAAGGGAGAAAAGUGCUACAAAUACAAAGAAUGUGGGAAAGUCUUCAGCCAUCCCUCAACUCUUAGGAGUUAUGUAAGUAACUCUGGAGUGAAAACUCUUGAAUUUAGUGAUUGUGGAAAGGCCAUCAAUCAAGAGUCAUCCCUUAGGAAAUACAUAAGAGCACUCACAGGAGAGAAAUUGCAUGAAUGUAGUCAGUGUGGUAUGUCCUUGAACCUGCAGUCUUCCUUUAUGGUACAUGAGCUAAUAUCUGUUGGAGAGAAACUUUGCAAAUGCACUGACUACAGAAAAGCGUUUAGUACAAGGUCUUCCAUUAGUGUCAGCAAAAAAAUACAUACUGUGGAGGAAAGCUUGGAAUGUAAUGAACAUGGGAAAGCUUUCUCUGGCGCUCUGUCCCUUCAGAAAUGUGUGAGAACUCACACUGGAGAGAAACCCUAUGAAUGCAGUGACUGUGGGAAAGCCUUCAUUUUUCAAUCUUCCCUUAAGAAACACUUGAGAUCUCACACUGGAGAGAAACCUUAUGAGUGUAAUCAUUGUGGAAAAUCUUUCAGCCAGAGCUCUCAUCUUAAUGUGCACAGAAGAACUCACACUGGAGAGAAACCCUAUGACUGUAAGGAAUGUGGGAAAGCUUUCACUGUUCCUUCAUCCCUUCAGAAGCAUGUGAGAACCCACACUGGAGAGAAGCCUUAUGAAUGCAGUCACUGUGGGAAAGCCUUCAUUGAUCAGUCAUCCCUUAAGAAACAUACACGCUGUCACACUGGAGAGAAACCUUAUGAGUGUAAUCAAUGUGGAAAAUCCUUCAGCACGGGCUCUUAUCUCAUUGUGCACAAGCGAACUCACUCUGGAGAGAAAACCUAUGAGUGUAAACAAUGUAGGAAGGCCUUUAGAAAUUCCUCUUGCCUAAGGGUACAUGUGAGAACUCACACUGGAGAGAAGCCCUAUAAAUGUACUCAGUGUGGAAAAGCCUUCAGCACAAGCACUAACCUUAUAAUGCACAAGCGAAUACAUGCUAGAACUCACACUGGAGAGAAGCCCUAUAAAUGUACUCAGUGUGGAAAAGCCUUCAGCACAAGCACUAACCUUAUAAUGCACAAGCGAAUACAUGCUGGGCAGAAAAGUCUAUGAAUGAAAUGACUACAGGAGAGGCUUCAGUGAUCCUUUCCACCUUAUUUGUCAUUUUAGGACUCACUCUGGAGAGAAAUCCUAUUGUGAUCAACGUGAAAAAGUCUUCAAGCACAACUCUUCACUUAUACUGGGCAAACCUUAUAAAUGUUGUGGUUCUCUGAUUGUCUUUAUGAGUGAGUGUUUCAUCCUUAAAAUGCCACAACUCAUUAAUUUAUAAGUGUUAAAGGUUAUAUAUAUAUCACUCUAAAGUUUUCUUGACCUACAUCACAAACAUUUUGAUAUGUAUUAUUUUCAUUACAACUUACAAGUAUUGUUUGAGUCUUACCAAAAUGUCUUGGACACGUAAGUUAUUUAGAAGUGUGUUUUUUAAUAUGCAGACCCUGUGCAUAUUUUAGUUGUAGAUUUGUAAUAUAAUUGCAUUGUGGACAGAGUGCAUGGUUUUCAUAAUAUAGAUUCUAUAUGAUACAGAUUCAAACAGAAAAAUUGUUUGAGACUUGUUAUGUGGCCUAGUUUGGCAAGUAAAACUAAUUGCUUUACAA